AUGUUAGGUAUACAUAUAUACAUACACACACUUGGUCUAUUGAACCACAUAUAUCCGAGACACAACCAACAACGACACUUUACUAACCAGACACCAUCUCAUCAGCAUCCAACUUGUCGCAGCACACACAUUAUGGUGUCAGGUAACAGUAAACGGUGUCCUGAAAACCCAAUACAUGGUGUAAACUGGUUAUGGUGCUCAUCACCACACUCACUCAUUUCUGUCAACAAACUCUUGUUUCUCACACACCCACACACUGAUUACACAUUUUAA